AUAUUUUGCCUCUACCAGGCAAACUAUGUUCUUCGAUAAAAACGAAGAUUUCGUGAACAGCGUCAGGUUAAAACAUGUGAUCGAGAAUUGAUGCAUUAAUCGAAUGAAGAAAAAUCAAAUGGUCACUUCCUCUCCUCUGUUCUCCUAUAUAAGCCAAUGCUGUCCUACCUUAGAAAAAUCACAAACUACUGAAGAAACUAUUCUACUUGUCAUCAAUAAUGGCACCAUCCUCUCUGGUUUUCACAGUGCAGAGGAAGAUGCCGGUUCUAGUAACACCGGCAAAGCCUACACCACACGAGUUCAAGUAUCUCUCAGACAUCGAUGACCAGGAGUGCCUGAGGUUCCAGAUCCCUCUAAUCCACUUCUACAGAAACGAGCCAUGUAUGAGUGGCAUUGAUCCUGCAAAGGUGAUAAGAGAGGCCUUGGCCAGAGCUCUGGUGUUCUACUAUCCCUUUGCCGGCCGUCUUCGGGAAGAGUCUGGAAGAAAGCUUGUUGUGGAGUGCACUGGUGAAGGGUUGUUGUUCAGUGAAGCUGAUGCAAAUGUCCGCCUGCAGGAUUUCGGUGACAACCUGCAGCCACCGUUCCCAUGCAUGGAGGAGCUCCUCUUCGACGUUGAGGGUUCUGCUGGUGUUCUUAACUGUCCAUUGCUCUUGAUUCAGGAAUGGCAUUGUGGUGCCUGUUUGCUUGCCAAGCGCUGCAAUGGAUAGGUUUGUGAAGGAGAUUGAGAUCAUGACAAGUGAUCAGAUAACUGCACCAUCAGCUUCUCGUCCGCUAUCUGCACCUUGAUGCAGAACCUAUUGGAAAUAUAGAAUUAAGGACAAAAUCGACAGAAGGAGGUUGAGAAUUCGGUAGCGAUGGUGGAGUUGCGCUCCCUCACCGGCAAGAAGAAGACAGGGGUGGAGAUUAGCCGGAUGGACAGCGUGGCGUUGGCUCGGGUGGCGUUGGUUGAAUUGCAUUCCCACGCAGCCAUGAGGAAGACCGGGGUGGAGCUUGGCUCUCCCAUUGUUGGAAAACAGGUUGCGGCUGAGCGUGGCUCCACUGCUGCCGGGACGAUGACGGUGCUCCAGUCAUCGAGGUCAUCACAGGUUUCCGGUGGCCGGAUGGUCUUUAGGGGAAGAACCGUUGGGCGGGAGGCUUCUCGGACCGUUGAACUUCUGCGGAUAUGGACGGGAGGCUCGAGUAGACGACGUGUCGAGCAUGGGAUGGUUCGUGCGUUGGCCGAGGCAUGUUGCGGAUCUGCUGGCGCGCUUGGAGAGGGAAUUCGGGCUGUGAUGGCUGAGGUUUCGGGAUGUGUGGAUAUAGGUAUUUUCCCCUCGGGAGUGGCGAGCAAUCCCUCUUUGGUGUCACCAUCUCAUUGGCCUAAAUACUUGGCUGUUGGGCUCUCAUUGGUUGAGGAUCCUUUUGGGUUUAAACUGUUUUCAAUGUGGACCAUGUUAUUAAUGCUAUGUGGGUGGGCGGUAAUUCGAUCGACUGGUUGGAGGGACUUCAUAUUGGAUUUGGGCUGAGUGGGCCCUACGUUGGUGUUUGCACUGGUUGGGCCUUAUUUUCAUUUUUUGGUAGACCCAAAAACAAGAUCGUGUAUCUGGAAGUCUUUGUCACUAGCGUUCGUUGCUCUGUGGAGAUGAUAGAGACUCAUGUCGACAUCCCCGGUGGUCGACAAUUCCGUGUGAGAAGUCCGGAGCUUUUGGGGGAAUAGGCUGAUGCUCAUCCACUUCUGUCUACGGGAGUGAUUUUCGUCAUCAUCUUAUCUUUUCUUAUCUUAUCUUUUCCUCUACCUCGUUGUUGCCGUCUUUGUUUGUGUUUUCCACAUCUAGUGGAUAUUUUGUACUCUUUAUCUUCUUUUUACUAUUAGUGAUUUAUCCA